AUGCCUUCCCAGGUCAAUGCUGAAGCGAGCGAGGACAAGGACGGCAAGAGACCAGGAUAUCAGUCCAAGGAUGAGCUGUCAACCGGGCUCUGGCUCUUGAAGCACACGCAAGGCAUCGUGACUACGGCGACCGCUGUCGGUAUUCUGCAUCUGCGAACUACACAUGUCCUAUACUUCACGAUCGGCAGCCUUGCGACGAGCUUCUCUGCCAAGGGCCUGAAGAGGGUGAUCAAACAGCCUCGCCCACCAGGCUCACGAGUCAAAAAGACGAGCGGGAUGCCGUCGACACAUAGCGCCACCAUCUCAUUCAUGGGCAUCUACAUCAUGCUAUCGGCCCUCUUUUUGCCCCUGCAUCCGACCUUCUCACUCGAUUCUAGCUCUGACGGUGUGACUCGGAUUUGGAUCGCGCUAGUUGGCAUCACGGCCCCUGUCCUCGUCAUGUGGUCUCGAGUGCGUCUCGGCGUACAUACUCCGGCGCAGACACUGGUCGGAGCAGCGCUUGGCGUGGGCAAAGCAUGCAUAUGGUUCACAGCAUGGAAUGGGACGAACCUCCUGUUGGGUUCUAGCUCGUCUUUCGACAGGGCCGCUUCGACGCACUCGGUUCUACACAACGGUCUCAAAGACUGGAUAGGCGCCUAA